AUGGAGAGGCUGCGACUGGGUGAUGUAGGAGUGGCUCCACAUUUGGUAUGGACCGAUGUGCCUCCCUGGGUUCUGCCCAUGCCAGAGAUAGACAUGACUGUGAUGAGUCUCGCCAAGGCAGGCUUCAACUACAGUGAGGUUACUCUGCAGACUCUGCUAAACCCUGCACAGGGCCAGGACUUCGCUAUAAGAGCGCGAGUGGACUUUCUUGCAGCCGUCGGGCUAUUGUGGAUGUAA